GUGGAUGGAGAAUAACGCGUGGCUGGAGGAACAAUUGAAAAAUGGAAAAGAUAAUACAACAAAAGGAUGAUCAAAUUAUGGACCUGCAGGCUCAAUUAUUGCAACAGCACAAAAUAUUAGAUAACAGGAAAGCUAAGGAUGCUCAAAGUUUGAGUCUACAAGCUCAGCUAGGGGAAAAGAACAAAUUGGAACGGAACAGUUUCCAAACAGUGAAGGAGGUUUUUCAAAACUCUUCUCUAACUGAACAUGAGGAUGAAUUGGCAUUAGGCGAACACAGUCAGUUAUUCAGUCUACCACCUGACAGUGUGUUAAAUUUAAAUUCUGUUAGUGCUGCACAAAAAGAAUUGUUAGUAAUAAGCCCAUGCAGUGAAGGAAGUGAACAAAUUGUGGGACCGUAUUUGGGCCGAAAAUGGGUGUGGUACGGAAACCAAGAUAUGGCACAAGUUCAACAUGAAACAUGGAUUAGAAUUUAAUGGGGGAUCAAAUCAAGUCUGGAAGUGUUACAGGAUGGAAGAGUCAGCCUACAGAUGAAAAAACACUGAGAGUGCAUUACCAUUAAGGUAUGAGGUAAAGUAAUAGAGUAUGCACAUUGUCUAAUGAGAAGUACCAUCUUGUGUUAAUAAAUCCAGUACAACAGCAAUCCUUUAUAGUUCUGUCACAGCUAGAAACCUCAAAUAAUUCUGCUUCUCUGUCUAAAGAACAACUUGUCCUUUACGUUCAGAGUGUUGGGGAAACUGGGUACUUAAAUGGCCCUAAAGAUGUUUUAAUUUUGCUGCCAUUGCAGAGAUGAACAUCAUACAUGGACUC